GCGCCUUAUAAAUACGCGUGUGUGUGUGUGUGUGUGUGUGUGUGUGUGUGUCUGUGUGUCCGAGAGUGUGUUUGUGCGCGUGCGCUGUAAUCACACUUGACUGCAUGCAGCUUCUGCAGGUGUCAGUACGACAGCAGCCGGUGGGAGGGACUCUGACGCCCCCAACUUCUCAUUCGAUGCCUCCCCCCACCCCGCUCCUCGCUCUCAUCCCUCCAUCUAGUCAGUCCUGCUUCAGCAUCGCGGUAAGGAGGAGAGCGCAGCAUCUGAGAGUCUGGCGAGGGGAGCCACCAUGCACGUUUGCCUGGAGAUUUCUUCCACUUGAUUACCGUGUUUUUUUUUUUAUUUUGAUUUGCAUUCCCCCCCUUCUGUCUUUGUGUGUGUGUUUGUGUGAAUUUGUGUGUGUGUGUGUGUUGUGUGUGUGUGUAUAGAUAUAUAUUUUUAUGUGAGGAGGCAAGGACACACCACACAGAGCAUCCUCUGUUCUCUUAAGGAAGGGCACCCAGACCUCCUCUUCCUCCUCCUCUUCUUAUUCUUCUUCUGUUGCCCAUCUUUCCUUGGAGACAUGGAUCUAUGCUUGGACCCGUUACGGAUUUGCCAGGGCUGGCGGCUUUUCUCCGUCCUCCUGCUCCUCAGCCUCCUCUUUCGGGACCACCUGAGUUCCAUGCUGGACUGCCCGCCGACGUGCAGCUGCUCGCCCACCGAUAUCUAUUGCAAUAAGUCGGACAGCGGCCGCUUCUUUCCGCUGCUGGCGGUGCAGGAUGGAGCCGGAGCCAACGGCAGUGGAGCCGUGGACAUAGCUGAUUUGUUCAAAAACAUCACGUCCAUACACAUUGAGAACUGGACAGGGCUGCAGACACUGCGGGACGUGGACAUGGAACUCUACACUGGACUGCAGAGACUCACCAUCAUGAACUGCAACCUGAGGGUGAUCCAGCCCCGAGCCUUUGCACAGAAUCCACACCUACGUAACAUAAACCUGUCAAAGAAUCCUCUCUACACUCUGUCCUGGCAGCUCUUCAAACACCUUCAACUCGCCGAGUUGCGACUGGACGGCGUGGUGUUCGACUGCGGCUGCAACAUCCGCUGGAUCCAGCUGUGGCAGGAGCGAGGGGAGGCCAGCCUUCACACCCAACAGCUAUACUGCAGGAACGGAGCCUCCAAGAUAAGGCUGCACCACAUGUACAUACACAACUGUGACUUGCCAGAGAUCAGUGUGAGCCACAGCAGCGUGUUAGUGAUGGAAGGCGACAAUGUGACAGUGAGCUGUAAUGGAUCCGGAUCACCCUUGCCUGAAGUGGACUGGACUGUCAAUGACCUGCACUCCAUCAACACACACCUGUCCAACGUGUACUGGCCCGACAUCCACUCCAUCAACCUGACGCUGUUCAACAUCAGCCGCGACGACAACAACUACCAGUUGACAUGCAUCGCUGAGAACGUGGUGGGCAUGACCAACUCGUCCAUCCAGCUCAACGUGCAGUUUCCCCCGGUCAUCAUUCGCCUGGCCGAGCCCGAGCAGCGCCAUGACACCUGCAUUGAGUUCACGGUGCGAGGGUACCCACACCCAAAGCUGCGCUGGUUCCACAAGAACAAGGAAAUCCUGCACAACCAGUACAUCCGCACCGAGAUGGACUUCUACCAGGACUACCUGGAGGGCUGCCUGACCUUCCAGAACCCCACGCACAUCAACAAUGGCAACUACACCCUGGAGGCCAGCAACUCACUUGGGACAGUCACCAAGACAGUGUACGGGCACUUCCUUAUGGCGCCUGGCAUCGAUGACGAAGACGUGGUGGAGUUGGUCCCCUCUGCGCCAACAGACUCGGAUUCAGGCCGCCCGGACGAGGACACAUUUGGGGUCUCUAUCGCGGUAGGCCUGGCGGGAUUCGCCUGUGUCCUCCUCCUCGUCCUUUUCGUGCUUAUCAACAAAUAUGGACGACGCUCCAAGUUCGGCAUGAAAGGUCCAGUGGCUGUGAUCAAUGGUGAGGAAGACUCAGCCAGUCCUCUUCAUCACGUCAACCAUGGAAUUAUAACGCCGUGUACGCUGGACGCAGGAUCGGAUGCCGUUGUCAUUGGGAUGACUCGCAUUCCCGUGGUGGAGAAUCCACAGUAUUUCCGACAUGGACACAACUGCAACAAGCCUGCCACACUGGUUCAGCAUAUUAAGCGCAGAGACAUCAUCCUUAAGCGGGAACUCGGCGAGGGAGCCUUUGGAAAAGUCUUCCUGGCUGAAUGUUACAACCUGAGUCCCACCAAGGACAAGAUGCUGGUGGCUGUCAAGACGCUGAAGGAUCCCAACCUUUCGGCGAGGAAGGACUUCCAGAGGGAGGCUGAGCUGCUGACCAACCUGCAGCAUGACCACAUCGUAAAGUUCUAUGGCGUGUGCGUGGAUGGCGACCCCCUCAUCAUGGUCUUUGAGUACAUGAAGCAUGGAGACCUCAAUAAGUUCCUCAGAGCCCACGGCCCGGACGCCCUUAUCCUUGUGGAUGGCCAGCCGCUGCAGUCCAAUGGCGAGCUGGGCCUCUCCCAGAUGCUGCACAUUGCCUCCCAAAUCGCAUCAGGCAUGGUCUACCUGGCCUCGCAGCACUUCGUCCACAGGGACCUGGCCACCCGCAACUGUCUCGUGGGUAACGGCCUCUUAGUCAAGAUCGGCGACUUCGGCAUGUCGAGGGACAUCUACAGCAGCGACUACUACAGGGAGCAAAAAGCAAACAAAAAGGCAGCUGCCGCUGGACCACACAAGGCUCAGCACAAAGUCGGAGGACACACCAUGCUACCUAUACGCUGGAUGCCUCCCGAGAGCAUCAUGUACAGGAAGUUCUCCACGGAGAGUGACGUGUGGAGCUUCGGUGUCAUUCUGUGGGAGAUCUUCACCUAUGGCAAGCAGCCUUGGUUUCAGCUGGGCAACAACGAGGUCAUCGACUGCAUCACGCAGGGCCGUGUGCUGGACCGGCCCCGCAUUUGCCCCAAGGAGGUUUACGACAUCAUGCUAGGCUGCUGGCAGCGGGAGCCGCAGCAGCGACUGAACAUCAAGGACAUCCAGAAGGUCCUGUUCGCCAUGGGGAAGGCCACGCCCGUCUAUCUAGACAUCCUGGGCUAGAGACCGAUCCAGUACAGGAAUAGCCAAACUGACCCCCUGCACCACUGUUGAGGAAAACCACCUACAAUGUUUGGGAAGGACUUAAGUGCCUGCAACACUUUUGGAUAUAGUGGAUAAAACAUUAAAAAAACAAAAAAAACAACAACAACAAAAAAUACGCACUUUUACAUUUUGUUUACUUGCUGUACAGGUUUGAAGAUAUUUCUUUUUCCCUUGAAAACACAAGUAUUUGAGAUUGACGACAAAAAAGGGCCACAGUUUGAUAAGAAGAGUUAGAAUCCCCCUUGGUAUUUGGUUUUAUGAAUAUAUAUCGAAAUGUUACGUAUAUUUUAUAUUUAUUUCUUCUCUUGUCGAGCUCCCGACAGGGCACCCCCCGCCCUGCCCGAGAUGCCGCCGACCAAAACUGUUUAGACUUUUAAAAAGGAUGGAAGCCUUACUUUGCACUCUGAUUGGCUGGAAUGGGAUGCGGUUAACAUGCACCGGCGGCAGGAGGAGGAGAGGACCAAUCAGACAAACAGACAAAUCUAUUUUAAUUUAAAAAGGAAAAAAAACAAAAAAGAGAAUGUACAUAUUGUAAAGUUCUACGUGUCAAAAGUUAUGUUAACUUAUUUUUUGCCAACUUUUAUUUUCCAUUCCUUUUCUGACUGUGAUCGGGUGGCUAACAAAGACACGACGCCUCACCACUCCACUCGCUUGGAAUAUACUGUAGCGUUCCUGCGGCCCAUUCGUUCACACACACCAAUGAGCUGUCAUUUAUAGAUGGGGAAAACAGGUUUUUUUUAACUAGAGUAAGAACUUAGCUAUUUUUAGUGUCAGGUGUUUUCCCCCCUUGCAAGGAAACUCACAGAGGAAAUUUUGGCCUUUAAUAAUUCAACAUUUUCUUUCUUUGCUUAUGUUCUUUCUUGCCGGGAGUUAGCCGAGGCGCUCGCUAUCAUGUUCAAGAAGAAAGCCACCACUGUCAAGGGAGCCCCUCAAAAGAGCUCGGAAACAGGCUAAAGCAUAAACAGUGAAUUUAUGCAAAUAGCGAUCACAGCGUCAGCAGCGUCAGGAGUUAUUGUCUAUACGUCUAGACAUUUCUGCCAGCAGGGGGUGCUUCUGAAUCUCUCCACCUUGUGGUCUUUGGUCAAAAUGUGACCAUGUGGACCUGAGUUACUGGAGUUAAGUGUCAUGAAACUUCACAGCCAAACUCCGUCCAAAUUGUGCUGACUUCCUGGGUCUUUUUGAGCAUAGCCUCUUGAGACUUUUUUGUGGGUGUACUUGAGAUAGACAUGUCCACCAAAUUGGCUUUUGGGUUUAUUUUUUAUUAGUUUUUUGCUUUGACCUUAGGUGCGGACUUAUUAGAGUUUCGUGUUUUACUGCGAGUUACCACACUCCACCCACAAGCAACAACAAAAAAUCAAAUCCCUCACAAUUUAGCGUCGCCCAUCUCUGAAGUAUAUGAAGUUCAAAUUUGGUAGAAAUCGUUCAAAAUCUCUAGGACAAGCCAGUUGUUGAAGGACCCCUGAAAAUGGCCAAACGUGAUUUUUUUUUUCCGGGAUUACUCAUGACAGACAUGGCUACUACAUUUCAUACUGCACGGUGAAACUGGCUUUGGUGGAGUGUUUUAGGGGAGGAAACGGGAGGCAUCUAUUUGAGGGAUGCGUCUAUUUCUUCAAAUAAAUUGAGACACGACAGCGAUGCUAGCACUCUCUAGCACACUUAGAAAGCACAUUUAGCCUGAGCUCAUGCCACGGAAGCAGAUUUUCCCUUUUUCUUUUCAACUUUCUGCUGCAUGCUGUGCCUUACUGCUGUGGAGUCAGAGCAAAAGGUCCGAAUUUACACUACAAAAGGUUAGGGAUAUUGUGCUUUUUGAAAUUUUAGGAUGAACUUAAAUUGCACUAUAAUCUUUGCAAGCGAACUUAGUUUCUCUAAACCUUUGAAUGUACAUCCAAUUGGUUUUAGUACUUUUUGCACAAUUUACUGUUCUCGAAGAAGCAUGAGAUUGCAUAGAUUAUAUUACAUUACAUUUCUGGUUCAGUUAGAAUUAAAAUUUAAACAGUCCUCUUCAUCAUGCUGUUCACAUUUUGACAUCAUGACACCAAGGUGACGCCUAACAAUUGAUCAACAAUAUCCUGCCAUUGGGAGCUUCAAACAGGAUGGUCUCAGAAGGGAGUGGCCCUUAAAUUUCAAGUGACAUCAGCAGGUUGCAACAGAUUCAGAGAGACAGAAAGAAUCACAGUAAGGUGUAGAAGUGGACGUUCUUGAAAAUUAAGAAUAAAACAAAUGCUGCAAAUGUUGCUCUUGUGCUCCUUGUGAGAGAAUAUCAAGUUGUACAAAAUCAAAUAAAACAUUGACCAGUUAGAUGUAUGCAUUCAAAUGUUUACAGAAAGUCUACUUAAGUUAACCUGUUAAGGUUUUAGUACAUUUUAGGUUUGUCUUGACAUCUCCCCCGAAAGUCCAAUAUGGGUAAGUUUUUGAGAGUAGUGUAAAAGUAUAGCCCCCUUUCUCAAAUUCUUAGAUUUUUGCAUAGUUUCCACACUUUAAUCUUUAACAUUAUCAAACAAAUUGUAAUUUCUAUCAGACCUAUAUAACCCAACUUAACUUAAAAUGCUGUUUUUAAAUGGUGAUUUCAUAUUUUUAAGGAAAAAAAAAAAACAAACUUACCUGGCCCUGUGUGAAAAAGUAAUGCCGCCCCCGUAUUAGAUCAUGAAUGAAUCGUGGCUAAUCACAACUUUUGGUUAAUUUUCACUGAUCACACCCAAGCCUGAUUACCUCCAGACCUGUUCAAUCAAGAAAUCACUAAAACACAACCUGUCUGACGAAAUCAAGUCGGACAAAAUAUCUAAAAACGCUGCAACAAAAUGACACGAUCCACAGAAAUUCCAGAACAGUCGAGAAAUAAAGAAUUGACAUCUUAUCAGUCUGGAAAGGGUUACAAAGCCAUUUCUAAAGCUUUAGGAUUCCAGCAAACCAUAGGGAGAGCCAUUAACCUCAAAUGGAGAAAUUAUGGAACGGUGGUGACUCUUUCUAGGAGUGGCCGACCUACAAAGAUUACCCCAUAGAAAAGCAAUGACUCAUCCAGGAGGCCACAAUGGAACUCAAGACAACUUCUAAAGAACUGCAGGCCUCCCUUGCCUCAGUUAAGGUCAGUGCUCAUGACACAACAAUAAGGAAGAGACUGGGCAAAAAUGGCAUCAAUGACAAGAGUUCCAAGGCAAAAACCACUGCUGACCAAACAGAACAUAAAGGCUCAUCUUACUUUUGUAAAAAAUUCAGUAAACAACUGAAUGAUUUCCCAAACUUUUGGGAGAAUAUUAUAUGCACUGACGAGAUGAAAAUUGAGCUUUUCAGAAGGUGUGUGUCUCGUUACAUCUGGUGUAAAUGUAGCACAACUUUUCAGAAAAAGAACAUCAUACCAACAGUCAAACAUGGUGGUGGUAGUGUGAUGGUCUUGGACUGCGUUGCUCCUCCUUCAGGACCUGGACAACUUGCUAUGAUUGAUGGAACCAUGAAUUCAGCUCUUUAACAGAAAAUCCUGAAGGAGAAUGUUCAGCCAUCAGUUUGUGAACUCACCACUUGGGUUCUGCAGCAGGAUAACGAUCCAAAACACACCAAGUCAACUUCUGAAUGGCUUAAAAAAAUACUAAUAAGUGGCCUAGUCAAAGUCCAGACUAAAAUCUGAUUGAAAUGCAGUGGCAUUACCUUAGAAAGGCCAUUCAUGCUUGAAAACCCUCAGUCUCUGCUGGAUUCAAACAAUUCUGCAAGGAAGAGUGAGACCAAAUGUCUCGAUAGAGAUGUGAAAGACUCAUUGCCAGUUAUAGAAAACGUUUGAUUUCAGUUGUUGCUGCUGAGGAUGGCCCAAGCACUUAUUAGGUUUAGGGGGCCAUUACUUUUUCACACAGGGCCAGGUAUAUUUUGAAUAUUUUGUUUUCCUUAAUAAAUGAAAUCACCAUUUAAAAACAGCAUUUUAAGUUCACUUGGUUCAUAUUUGUCUGAUAUUUAUAUUUGUUUUGAUCUUAAACAUUAAAGUGGGGAAAGUAUGCAAAAAUCUAAGAAUUUGAGAAGGGAUCCAAUACUUUUUCACGCCACUAUAAGUUUGUUGCCAAAAUUUGAAGAGGAAGUUAGCCACUUGCAAACUUACCUAAGUCACCCCCGUGAGGCUGCUAGCCAGCAAGCUCCACCGGGACUCAACAAACCCGAUUAGCGCUUAAUUAGCGAACUUCAGACGAGCCGAAAGAUAUAUAUAUUUUUCCUUUUUAUUUCAAGGUCGCUGCUUCAGCCUGUUUCCGAUGAGGGAAAAUGUUACAGUGCAAACCGAGCGUGUUUUUCUUUUUUCCGCUAACACGUAAAUGUCAGUCUGCAACCGAACAGUAUUUUAUCUCGACCAUCUCAUCAUCAAGAAAAACGUUGCUUAUGCUUCACAAUUCUUUUCUGUGCUCUUUUAUCAGAGAGCUACACUUGUCGUCACACCCAUGGCCUUUUGAGUGACGACAAGCUGAUAAAAAGAGCUUCUUGUGCCUCAAGCAGGUACUUUAUCCAUCGAGCAGGGAGUAGCAAAUUGUGACGCAUUUUUUAUCAUUUUCUCAGAUUCAUUUACAUUUACAUGCCCGCUUUAGUUCAGCUAACCACUUAGACAUAAGGUCAAAUGUUUAUUAGGGCCAAGACGAAAACAAAAGUGGUAAGUAGGUGGUCACAUUAGGAGAAUAAAUGUAUGUAAUGUAUUAUUUUUUUUUCAGUAAUUUCGUCAUUUUAAAACUGUCCAUGACAAGGUAUGUUAACUCUUAAAAACACUUCUGGCUGAUGAUCGAACAAACCGAAUUUCAUCGUUUGUAAUACUUUAAACAUUUUGAAACAUUCAUUCAACAUUCUGCUUGAAAAAAUUACUUUCCCAUAAAAAUAAUAGCUGUAUUUCCAUAAAUAGUGCAACUUUUUUUCUUAAUACAGUGAACCUCUGCUAUUGGCAGGGAAGAGGGACCUAGCCCUGCUUCAAAUAGCAAAAAUCUGCAACUAAAACUCAGCACAAAAACAACGAAUAGGUGAGUUUCUCAGCAAAUAAUGGAGGAGUCCAUCCAUCCAUCCAUUUUCUGUACCGCUUCUCCUCACUAGGGUCGCGGGCGUGCUGGACCCUAUCCCAGCUAACUUUGGGCGAGAGGCGGGGUACACCCUGAACUGGUCACCAACCAAUCACAGCGCACAUAUAAACAAACACGAAUAGUGAAUUUUGCAAUACACUGAUUUCACGCUAUUAAAAAUGUAAUAUUUUCUUGACAAUCAUGAUUUUUUUUCACCCCAAAAUUUUCUCAAAACUAAAGUUUCUCUUUAAAUUGUUUACAAUUUAUUCUUCAAACUUUUUUUUCAUAAAACUAUGGACUUCUUUGUCUCAUAAAUAGACAUUUUUAUUCCACAAUAUUAUUUAUUUCAAAAAAUUACUUUCACAUAAAAAUUAUGGCUUUUGGGAAUAUUACAUCUUUUUUGCCCUUACAGUGGGUAUGGAAAGUAUUCAGACCCCCUUAAAUUUUCACUCUAUUUAAUAUUGCAGCCAUUUCCUCCUUGCAGAUCCUUUCCAGUUCUGUCAGGUUGGAUGGUGAAGGUUGGUGGGCAGCCAUUUUCAGGUCUUUCCAGAGAUGCUCAAUUGGGUUUAAGUCGGGGCUCUGUCUGGGCCAUUCAAAAAGAGUCACGGAGUUGUUCUGAAGCCACUCCUUCGGUAUUUUAGCUGUGUGCUUAAGGUCAUUGUCUUUUUUGAAGGUGAACCUUCGGCCCAGUCUGAGGUCCUGAGCACUCUCGAGGUUUUCUUUCGUCCAGGAUAUCCCUGUACUUGGCCGCAUUCAUCUUGUCCCUGCAGCUGAAAAACACCCCCGCAGCAUGAUGCUGCCACCACCAUGCUUCACUGUUGGCACUGUAUUGGACAGGUGAUGAGCAGUGCCUGGUUUUGUCCACACAUGCCACUUAGAAUUAAGGCCAACAAUUUCUAUCUUGGUCUCAUCAGACCAGAGAAUCUUAUUUCUCACCAUCUUGGAGUCUUUCAGGUGUUUUUUUUUAGCAAACUCCAUGCGGGCUUUCAUGCGUCUUGGACUGAGGAGAGGCUUCCGUCGGGCACUCUGCCAUAAAGCCCAGACUGGUGGAGGGCUCCAGUGAAGGUUGACUUUCUAGAACUUUCUCCCAUCUCCCGACUGCAUCCCUGAAGCUCAGCCACAGUGAUCUUUGGCUUCUUCGUUACCUCUCUCACCAUGGCUCUUCUCCCCCGAUUGCUUAGUUUGGCCAGACGGCCAGCUCUAGGAAGGGUUCUGAUCGUCCCAGACGUCUUCCAUUUCAGGAUUAUGGAGUGGCCUCCGUACUCUUAGGAACCUUAAGUGCAGCAGAAUUUUUUUUGUAACGUUGGCCAGAUCUGUGCCUUGCCACAAUUCGGUCUCUGAGCAGUUCAGGCAAUUUCUUUGACCUCAUGAUUCUCAUUUGUUCUGACAUGCACUGUGAGCUGUAAGGUCUUAUAUAGAUAGGGGUGUGGCUUUCCUCAUCAAGUCCAAUCAGUAUAAUCAAACACAGUUGGACUCCAAUGAAGGUGUAGAACCAUUUUAAGGAUGACCAGAAGAAAUGGACAGCACCCGAGUUACACAAACAGCAAAGGGUCUGAAUACUUAUGGCUGUGUGAUAUUUUAGUUUUUCUUUCGUAAUGAAUCAGCAAAAAUGUCAACAAUUACGUUUUUUUUCUGUCAAUAUGGUGUGCUGUGUGUACAUUAAUGAGGAAAAAAAUGAUCUUAAAUCAUUUUAACAAAUGGCUUCAAUAUAACAAAGAGUGAAAAUUUUAAGGGGGUCUGAAAACUUUCCGUACCCACUGUUUGUUCCAGUUUCAUUCUCAUAACACUGAAGGCUUUUUCUAACAAUGUUAGACUUUAUUCAUCUAAAAUUACGCUUUUUGUUUUUUCUUGACAACUACUGUAUUUUCAUAAAAAUGGUCUCCCUUUCUGGUAAUUUGAGACUUAAUUCUCAUUAAAUUAAUAGUGUAAUUUUUCUUUGGUGUAUCCUGACUUCAUUUUUGUAAAAUUAGGACUUGUUUUCUUAUAUCACGACUUCGUUAUGGUUACAUUAUGAUUUUCCCCCCUCAAUUGUGUACUCAUAGCAAUACCGUGACCUCCGCUGCCUCUUUUCCUUCCUUCUUUCAGUAUCCUCUAUUAUUUGCUGAAACACAUGCUGUUGUAUGGCAGGUAAAAGCCAGGUCUCAUUGGCACCAUCUAGUAGGAUCUUGCUGCGCCACUGUUGAACUGAGGGGAGGAGCGUCAUUCAGUCAGGCUAUAGAUGUGUGUAAUAGUGCCUGUCUAAAAGUGCUUUGCCAACAUCUUGUGGCAUCUCUAGACAAUUACAAACCUUUUUGAGUCAGUUAUUCACUGAUUUUUGCGGUAGGGCUCGGUCUCUGUAUACGGCAGAUUGCGGGGGUUCGCUGUACUACUGUAUUACCUUUUUUUUUUUUUUAAAGCAUCCCCUGUUCCUAAUUUUGUACUUUAUUCUCGUAAAAUCCCUACUUUCUUAAAAUGUAAUCACUUUAUUAUCAUCGUAUUUUCGGGGAAAAAAAGUGUCUUUUUGGGAUUUCUUUAACUGUUACAACUUUAUUCUCGUAAAAGUUUAGUAAUUGUACGACUUCAUAAGACUUAAUGCUAUGAAUCACAUUAUCAUUUUCCUUACGCCAUGGCCCCAAUGGAGACUUAUGUGCAUCUUUGAAUUCAAUUUCACGUGGACUAACCUCACAAAACAAGUCUUGAAAUUUGGUGUUGCAGUUGUUUCCCUGUGGACUUUUAGGGCAUGGACAGCGAGUGUUGUGAGAUAUUUCAAGUAUGGCGGGACAGCAUCCAUCCUCAGAAGGUUUUUGUGUAUUCUCUUGUGGUGACCAUCAAAGACAUUCUGACACAGGUUGUGAUCAUUUGCAGGGUAAAACGCUUUCAUGGUAAGUUCUUUCUUUUCACGGUUGAACUAAUGGAACACUUUAUAUUUUUCUUUUUCUCCCCUCCUCGAGCAAAGCAAAUGUUGGCUUCGUCUGACCAUGUACUCAUGUUACAGAAUAUAAAAAUGUGGUAUAAAAGCUGCGGUAUAUUAAGGUACUGGUAUUCCAUGAUAGCUCUUUGUAUUAAUGUGACUCUCUCUCUUUAAGAAAAUGUCUUAAAAAAAAACAACAACAACAACAACAAUCAGAUGAGAUCCUUUUUUUUCCCUUCAUUUUGUCCUGUCUUAUAAAGAUGUGUGAAUUGGACAAAAAGAAUCCUCUCUGUUGCAUCUAAAUGUUUUACACACCUGUGGACAGAAGGAUGUUCUUCCAUGUGUCCAAAAAAAAAGAUUUUUAUGAUGCACAGACGCCUGGAAAUUAAACUCCCUUCAAAGAAAAACAUCAAAUUGGGAAACAAAAAUGUCAUACUGCCAAGCUGAGUGAAUUCAAAUACUAAUAUUUGUUUACAAACUGACUUGAGGUUUACGGUUGUCCCGCUGCUCAGCCUGGCUUUUCAAGUUACUUUCAUUUCUUUAACUUUUAAUAUGUGCACUUAUUUAAUCAAAUACAAUGUUAAUAACUUAUUUGAUUAAUUAAAUAAUUGUAUUUAAAGACAUCGCUCGAAUCAGGAACCCUGUUAUUUUUUAGUCUUACCAGACCCAUUUUCUAAUAAAUGUAAUCAAUUUCAUUUUUAAUUGCUGUAAUGAUUAAAUGUUUGAUAAGUGUAAUAA